CAUAAAAUCACAACCUCAUGUCCAAAUUUAUGUAAAUCUUGGAACAAUAAUAAAUUAAAUAAAAAAAAUUCAGUUUAUUCAGUUUUCAGUUUCACUCUUUCAACUCAUGGUUCUCAAUAUUAGUCUCAGAUAACAAAGCUCUUUUAUCAUCACUCUCAUCUUUCUCACUCUCACCCACGCGCGCUUCAUUUCUCACGCGCCACUUUAAAAAUAGAAAAAAUGCCGACCUCUUCAUCUCCGCCGAAGUCCACGGCGGAGCACGGCACCGGCGGGGGAGCCGGAGGAGGAGGGUUAUACGAAGAGGAAGGAUGGGUUUGGGCGCAGAUCAAAGCGGAGGCGCGUCGCGACGCCGAAUCGGAGCCGGCGCUGGCGAGUUACCUUUAUUCAACGAUUCUCUCUCACUCUUCGUUGGAGCGGUCGAUUUCGUUCCAUUUAGGGAACAAGCUUUGUUCUUCGACGCUACUUUCGACGCUGCUCUAUGACCUUUUCCUCAACGCGUUUUCCUCCGAUUGUGCACUGCUCUCCGCCACCGUCGCCGACCUUCGUGCCGCAAGGGAGCGGGAUCCGGCGUGUGUGUCGUACUCUCACUGCUUGCUCAAUUAUAAAGGUUUCCUUGCAUGCCAGGCUCACCGUGUGGCACACCGACUGUGGCAGCAGUCACGGCGGCCAUUGGCCCUAGCACUCCAGUCUCGGAUAGCUGAUGUCUUUGCCGUGGACAUUCACCCUGCGGCGAGGAUUGGGAAAGGGAUUCUGUUUGAUCAUGCGACCGGCGUGGUGGUUGGAGAGACUGCAGUGAUUGGCAAUAAUGUCUCUAUUCUGCACCAUGUGACCCUCGGUGGUACCGGCAAGGUUGGUGGGGACAGGCACCCCAAGAUUGGUGAUGGUGUGCUGAUUGGUGCCGGUGCCACAAUUCUCGGCAACGUGAAGAUUGGUGAAGGUGCUAAGAUUGGUGCCGGGAGCGUUGUUUUAAUUGACGUGCCGCCACGGACUACCGCAGUUGGGAACCCCGCGAGGUUGGUGGGUGGGAAGGAGAAGCCUUCUAAGCAUGAGGAUGUCCCCGGGGAGUCAAUGGACCAUACUUCCUUCAUCUCUGAAUGGUCAGAUUAUAUUAUUUGAAUAUGAAUAUGAAAGAUGAAUGCUUCAGAGUUCAGAUGGAUUUAGGAGGAAAAGAAGGGGAAUUUUAUGUUCUUGUAGAGUUUGUAGUAUAAUUAGAUUAUAGAUGUGGAUUGAGAGCUUAGUUGGCUUUUUGAAAAUCUAAGGUUAUUUAGUUACUGAACUGUGUUGAGAUUUGAGAACUGAUCCUGUAAAUUCCUAAUAUGCUAAUAAGGCUAUGCCGCUAUGUUGAA